UGGUAAAAUGUUGUUUAAAAUACUGGGAUUAAUGUUGAUGAUCGCCAAUUUUGGCAUGACCCAAAUUUGUUUCCAAACAAAGAAUAACGUUUGCAAAACCGCCAGAGGAUAUUCCAACAAAUGCGAUAACAAUACUUGUUACUACAAUCCGGAUGUUUUAUCCACUACAGUGGAUAUGGCAAAAAGACAUGGUUAUGACAUAGUAAAACAUGAGGUAAUUACCAAAGAUGGAUACAUAUUGGGGAUAUACAGAAUAUCUUGUGUUCAUCAUACAAACGUUGGUAAACAGCAACCGGUGUACUUAUUGCAUGGAGCUUUAUCAAGUUCGGACGCUUGGGUAAAUUUGGGUAGAAAAUCUUUAGGUUUCAAAUUGGCUGAUAAAGGUUACGACGUUUGGCUGGGAAAUACAAGAGGAAACUUCCACUCGCCGGGGCACAUCAAAUACAACCUUAAAGAUAACGCCUUUUGGAAUUACACUUUAGACGAUAUGGGGAAUUAUGAUAUGCCCGCUGCUAUGGAUUACAUUAAACAAGAAACUAACAAGCAGAUUGUCCACAUCGGUCAUUCUCAAGGUUCGCUACAAGCUUUGAUGUAUGCAGUUCGUCAUCAUUCGGAGGCAAAAUUAAAUUUGAAAGGUCUCAUCUUGUUGGCACCUGUAACAUUCAUUCCUUACGUGAAUGAUUUAACUUUAGCGUUGUUUAAAUUGGCUUCAAGUCUAAUUAAGAAGGUUGCAAUUCGAACCAAUAUUGUGACAAAAAUAUGCACAUCUACCAAAACAAUGCUUCAAAUUUGCAACAUGUUUACAGAUUUAAUGUAUGGACCUAAUAAUAAUACUUAUGUGAUGGAGGAAAUGCCUCUGUUUUAUAGUUACAUGUAUAAUCGAGAGUCUAUGAAACCUUUGUAUCAAGUGAGUCAACAAGGAAACGCUCAGAGGUUUCAGAGUUUCGAUUAUGAUAUAAAAAAUAAAUUUAUUUAUCACUCAGAGAAACCACCUUCUUAUGAAAUAAACAAGAUACAAGUUCCGACUUAUCUUUUUGUUGGUACCAACGAUAAAAUUACAACAGUCGAAAGAGCUCAAUGGAUUUAUGGAAACUUAACUGUUUCUGAAAAAGAAAUUCACGUUUUGAACAAUUUCAAUCACAUGAGUUACUUCUUUUCCAAGGACGUGGAGGGCGAAUUGCAUUCCAAAAUAUUUAAUAUUUUAGAAAAUAAACUAGUUGAUUUUUAAUUUAACUAGCAGUUUUGUCCAUAAAAUUACAA